AUGGAAGACCAUAUAAUUGAGGUUUUAAAAACUCCUAUAAAAAGUGAAAGUGAUAAAAAAGAAUACAAAAUUAUAAAACUGAAAAAUGGGUUAGUUGCAGUACUUAUAUCUGAUGUACAAAAUCUAACAGAAACAAACGAUUCAAAUGAAAUUAAUCAAGCAGAAACUGAGAAUGAAGAAAAAAUGGCAGCUGCCACAUUGCAAAUAGGGGCUGGAUGUUUAUGUGAUCCUGUAGAAAUCUUAGGACUUUCGCAUUUUCUGGAACAUAUGGUUUUUAUGGGCAGUGAAAAAUUUCCGGCAGAAAAUGAUUUUGAUUCCUUUAUUAGAAAAGGGGGUGGUAGUACUAAUGCCUGGACAGAUUAUGAAGAGACAUCAUUUUACUUUGAGUGCCUUGAAAAACAUCUGCCUGAAGCUUUGGAUAAGUGGUCGCAGUUUUUUAUAGCUCCUUUAUUAAAAGAAGAUGCAUUAACUAGGGAAAGAGAAGCUGUGGACUCAGAAUUUCAAAUGGCAUUACCUAAUGAUGAAUGGAGGAAGGGGCAGCUGUUAAUGAGGACAGCUAAAACAGGCACACCUGUACAUGUAAGCUUUCCAUGGGGCAACUUAAAAACUUUAAAAGACAAUAUAUGUGAUGCUGAGCUGUAUAAAUGUCUUCAUGAACAUAGAAAGAGGUACUAUUCUUCACAUAACAUGACUUUAGCUAUACAAGCAAGACUUCCAUUAGAUACAUUAGAAGCUUAUGUCAAGGAGUUUUUCUCAGGUAUACCAAAUAAUAAUUUACCUAAACCUAAUUUUAAUGACAGUGUUGAUGUUUUUGAUACACCGGCAUUUAAUAAAAUCUACUACAUUAAACCAUUGACAGAGAUAAUUCAACUGGAUCUUGUGUGGGCUUUACCUUCACAAAAGUAUGAAUAUAAAAGCAAAGCUGUCAAGUAUUUAUCACAUUUGUUGGGGGAUGAAGGUAAAGGUAGUAUUUUGUCCUAUUUGAAGAAGCAUAUGUGGGCUUUGUCAUUGGAAGCAUUUUCUGAAUUUGACAAUAAUUCUAUUUUUAGCUUUUUGACUUUAAAUGUAGUAUUAACAGAAGAAGGUUUAAAACAUGUCUUUGAUGUUAUUGAAGUAGUUUUUGCUUAUAUUAAUCUUAUAAAAAGAGUAGGUCCACAAAAACAAAAGUUUGAAGAAAUGAAAAUAGUUGCUGAUACAGAUUUUAGGUUUGAAACUCAAUAUCCAGCUAGUUAUAAUACAUCUACACUUGCAACUAAUUUACAUAUAUAUCCUCCUGAAGAUGUAAUUUCAGCUAGUCAACUAUACAAAGAAUACAAUCCAGAUAAAAUAACUGAUGUACUUAACAAAUUGAUACCCAAGAAUUUACUUAUUGCUGUGACUACAAAAGUAUUGCCGGAUGGUUUACAAUUCGACAAAAAAGAAAAAUGGCUACAAGCUGAAUACACAGAUAUACAGAUUUCUGAGGAACUAUUAAGUAAAUGGGAGUCUGUAGUGCCAUAUACUGAACUCAGUCUCCCCCCUCCUAACCCUUAUUUAACCAGCAAUUUUGAUUUACUUCCUUGCACCUCCAAUCACCCUGAUUAUCCACAAAAAUUAAUACACACAGACAAAUGUGAAUUAUGGUACCGACAAGAUCAAAAGUUUAAGCUACCAACAGCUCAUUUUAAUAUCUACCUUUUAAAUCCUCUUACCAUACAAUCACCAAAAAAUUUUGUCUUGACUGAUUUGUUUGUUGAGUUAUUAUCAUUUGCUAAAUGUGAAGAAGCUUAUCCUGCAACUGUUGCCAGUUUGUCUGCAUAUUUUAUAGCUGAGGACAGGGGAGUUGCCUUUCAAAUAGAGGGGUAUAAUGAAAAGUUGCCAUUGUUAUUGGAAUUGAUGACAAGGUAUAUAUUAAAUUUGUCUGAUCAUAUAAAUCAAGAUAUAUUUAAUGGGCUCAAAGAGAAGGCUUUAAAAAAAUAUUACAACCAGCUUUUCAGAACUUCUUCUUUAGGGCGUGAACUUGAAAGCAAACUUUUGAUUAAAAAUUAUUUUUCACCUAUAGAUACGUACAGGGAACUUUAUAAUCUUACUUUUGAUGAUAUUUUAGAAUUUAUAAAACUUUUUCCCAAAAAUCUUUAUGUUAAAUCGCUUGUUCAGGGAAAUGUUUCAGCAGAUGUAGCAUGUGAGACCAUUAACAAGCUUGUUAAAAGUUUGGAUUUUGAAGAAAUACCAAAAGAAAAAUAUCCUAGAUUGUCUGUACCACAGAUACCCCUGGGGGAAAAGUGUCUGUUUGUGGAAUCACUUAAUAAGAAAGAUGCGAACUGUAUUACUUCAAAUGUAUACCAAGUAGGGAUAUUUUCCCUAAAAGAUAUGGUUCUUAUGGAUAUAGUUAUGAGAAUAAUUGAUGAACCAUGUUUUAACACUCUCCGUACAACUGAACAGCUAGGAUAUGAUGUAUCUGCUUAUGGACGCAGAUUGCAUGGUGUCUUAGUUUACUCUUUACGUGUUAACUCUCAGGCUAAUAAGUAUACUACACAAUAUUUAGAUUCCAGAAUUGAGGCAUUUUUGAGACAAUCUCAAAAACUAGUGGAUGAUACGACUGUUGAAGGUUUAGACAAGAUUAAAGAGGAUUUGAUUAAAACAAAACAAGUCUGCGACCAUAAUUUAGCAGAAGAAGUAAAUAGGAAUUGGCAGGAGAUUACUGAUGAUGAAUAUAUGUUUGAUAGGGCAAAACAAGAGGUAAAAUGCAUUAAGACUAUAUCAUUGGAGGAUGUUAAGACAUGGUGGAGUAAACACAAUCACUUUGGUAGCCAAGAAAACUUCCGGAAGAUUAGUUUUCAAAUAGCUGGGCAUGUUCAAGAUAACCAAGCUACCUCUACUGAAGAGGCAGUUACAGAUGGAAGUGGCCUUAAAGAUACAGCACUGAAAAUACUCGGUGAUAAUAAAAAUUUACCAGAAGGGAAACCUACUGGAUACUUUAUUGAAGAUAUUGAGGAGUUUAAAAAUAGUUUAUCUCCUUUUUCAAAAGUAGAGAAAUAA